AUGGUUUUUGUUCCCAUGGUCUUGAAAGGAGCCCUUGAGCUGGGGAUUCUUGAAUUGCUGGCCAAGUGUGGCCAGCUCUCUCCAUUGGACAUUGCGGCCCGGCUCUCCAUCGACAACCCGGCCACGCCGGACAUUAUCAACCGGCUGCUGCGGCUCCUCGCGAGUUACUCCAUCUUAUCGUGCACUCUCGUGGAGGAUAAAGGCGGCCCCCACAGGCUCUACGGCCUCGGGCCUCGGAGCAAGCACUGCCUUAAAGAUGCAGUUAAGGAAGGAGGGGCAGAUCCUUUCACCCGCACGCACGGCAUGAACCUGUUCGAUUACAUGGGCCAAGACCCGAGAUUCAACGACCUGUUCAACAAGGCGAUGAUGAGCUCAUCCGCGAUUUACAUGGCCAAGAUCGCUCAGCAUUAUAGCGGGUUUUCAAAGGCGAAGACGGUCGUCGAUCUGGGUGGUGGCGUCGGCGAGACCCUGAAAAUCAUCCUCUCCAAGAACCCCCACAUCCGCGCCAUCAACUACGACUUGCCUCAUGUGAUCGCAGCUGCUCCUCCCGUUCCUGGUAAAAUCGAUCCCAAUGAUAUCGAAGGUAUUACGCAUGUUGGAGGAGACAUUGUAAAGGCCGUCCCUAAAGCAGACGUCCAUUUCCUGAAGUCGGUUCUCCAUUGCGGGGACGAUGAGUUCUGUGUGAAGGUGCUCAAGAAUUGCUGGGAGGCAUUGCCGCCGACGGGGAAAGUGGUGAUUGUGGACGAGGUGAUCCCGGACUAUCCUGGGACCGACGAUGUCUCACAGACCAAUUUCUUGAUGGACUUGAACGCUCUGAGGUUCGCCCCUGGCGCGAAGGCCCGGACGCAAAGGGAAUUCGCAGAACUUGCCCGCGCCUCUGGGUUCCAUGCCCCGAAAUACGUUCUGCGCGUGUACAACCUGUGGUUGAUUGAGCUUCACAAGAAGAUGUGA